GAGAAUUUCAAGAGUUUAAUAAACCGGAAUCAAUACAAAAGAGGGCACAUGAAUUAAUUUCAGGGAUUGACCCUUAUAGUGCCAGUAAGGAUGAAAAGAGCCGUAGAAUCAUGCCUUUCGAUAGAGAACAACCAUUAGAAUAUAGUGUGCCUCAACGAAAAGAAAAGAAAUUUCUGCCGAAGAUAAAAUCGCCGGGAACUGAACCUGUCAAAGGGGAUGAAUUUCCCAAACCCAGUACCCUACUUAGAUCUCAUCCAUAUAAAACACUACCUGGUACUUGUGUCGUUUCACAGCUGCUGGAUGAAGUUGCAAGUUAUGAAGGAGAAACUGAUAUAUUGAAAAUAAUCAAUAUACUUCGGGAAAAUAAGAGAAUAAAGUUUUUCUAUUUAACUAACUCCUUACCAAAGAGAUCAACUAAAUAUCAUUUUUAUAACCUUAAAGUUGUCAGCUUUCAAAAUAUCAAUCGUGAUGAUUAUUACACUUUAUCCAUUAAUGGUUGUACUCAUUUAAUCGCAAACGAUGAUAUAGAGCAUAUUACACUGGAUCGUUUUGAAACAGAAUAUAAAAUAUUCAAGGAAAUACGUGAGAUUCCAACAUUUGCUAGAUUUCGUCUAUGGAAUGGAUUUAUACGAUGGCAUAAAGCGAUACGUUUUACAAAAUUAACACAAUCUAAACAAAAUUUACGCGAUAAUGUAUUCAUUGUGAAUCCAUCAUUUCGACCGGCCUUAUUAAAUAUCAGUGAAAUGUGUUAUCGUCUCAAAGAUAUGAAUUUGUGUAAAUUAGAAAAUGAUAAAACUAAUACAUUGUUGGAAUUUUUAACAAAUCAAGUGAAUCAAUUAAAUGAAGUAUGCAAAAAAUUAUGUGAAUUUCGUGAUAUUGUAAAAGAAAUUGUUCGUGGUGCAUGUCGUACUGCAUUAUUAGAAUAUGGUUUUAUACCAGAUGAUUAUUAUAUCACCGAUGCUGAAGGUGGUACACGUGAUCCAGCUACAGGAACAAGCUAUGUUUCUUCAGGCUGUGAUAUGGAGGUAGUCUCAGAUGCACCAGAAAGGAUGACUUUUACAGAAAUGGCCGCGAAACGUCAAUACUGUCGACGUCUUACUUGUUUUAUACGUCUUGCAGAUUAUUUAAUUGUCAAUACACUGCAUGUAUUAACAAAGCGUUCAGUUUAUACCAUAUUAGAUCGUUUCAAUUUACAUUUACGUAAUACACCCACAUUAAAUGAAAUUGAAGGAUAUCAGAUUAAAGUGGAUGAACUCUAUGAAGCUCCACCAGAGGAUUUGAAUAUAGGAAUGAGUAGUACAGAUCAACGUAGAGAAUCUAUUAAAAAACCUUUUCAAACUGAUAUAGUGGAUAAUGAUGAAAAUGAAGAUGAAUUACAAGUCUCACCACUUUUUACAGUAGAAAUCACAUUGGAACCAUCACGUUUGUAUUUAGUUCCUGAAGAAUCGUUAUUUCAAGAUGGAGUUAUGGAAAUAAUUAAUAAAUUUCAAGAACAAGUAGUCAACAUUAAAAAUUUAACACCAGACCCGUAUUUCGAUGCAUUCACACGACCUUUAAUGAAUAAUAAAUUUGAAGAGAAAACAUGCGGUAAUGGACCACAAUUACAGGAUAUGUUUGCAGAAGAUAUAGAAUUACAGAAAAUUAUUGAUGAUGUUAAAACUUCACUGAAUUGUUCUUUUGAAGCUGUCAAUGCCUAUAUGAAAACAUUUGAUGAAAUACAGAGCUUCUUUCGUGAGAAUGAGGAAAUAACAGUUGAAAGUGUCCAACAUGAUUAUUCAGCUAGAACAAGUGAAAUGAAUCAUGUGGAACGUCUUAGCGAAACUUUACAAUUUUUCAAAAAACACUUGCUAAAACAUCAUCGUCAAAUAAAAAUUGCUGAACUUGUACCAGAAGUGAAAUCCAUAGGAAUGUUUUUAGUUGAUACAAAAUCAUUACGUGCAUGUUUAUUACCUUCACCAAAUAAAUGUUUAGAUGUAUAUCAUAGUCUCCUACCAGUGUAUGUACGCAGUGAAGUUGACAGAUUAAUACAAGAAACACAAGAAGCUGAAUACACAUUAUCAAUUACACCAAGUUCCACGGUGGAGUAUGUGAAUUAUUUUGCAUUUUUAAAUCAAACGCAAAGUAGGAUUCAACCAAUUGAAAAAGAAGCUGACAUUAUCAAAGAUUUAUAUGAAAUGAUUGAUGUAUUCACGGUACCAGUACCACCGGAAGAUUUUGCCGUUUAUCAGAGUCUGAUACCAUCGAUUGAUCGAGCUAAAGAUGCAAUGGAUAAAGCUUUGGGUGAUCAUGAUCAAUAUAUUGAUAGAUUUUUUGGUUCUUUGGAAAAAGACAUCAAUGAACUUUUGCAUGAUAUUAAAGAGACAAAACAAGCCGUGAAUAAUCCACGGCUUUUAGAUGUAACAGCAGAACGUGAAGCGGUUCGCGCUGAAAUGUCUAGAUUACAAACCAUAAUCGAUGAAUUAAGGAAUAGAGCUACAAUCUACAAAACUUAUCAUCGAGAAUUUAAAGAUCUUGCACAAGCUUUGACAGGUACACCAAUCGAAGAUCAAAUACUUUCACGUACUGGUGUUAAAGCUCCACCACUUGUGGUUGAACCACUACGUUUUGAAGAGUUAGAAGCAAUAGUCAAUGAAAUGAAAUUAAGAUAUUUAUUAUGGGAUUCACUUGAUGAAUGGGAUGAAACUAUGAAAGAAUGGAUGAAGCUAGAAUUUUCCGAUUUAGAUCCAGAAGAUUUAACCAAUACCACCAUGAAAUAUAUGAAAUCAGUGGCUUUAAUGGAGAAAGGUUUGCCUCCAAACACUGUAGUACCGUUAUUAAAAGAAAAAGUAGAGGAUAUGAAAUUAAAAUUACCAACUAUCACGGAUCUACGUAAUCCAGCAUUAAAACCACGUCAUUGGAAAAUAUUAGAAGAAUUAAUUGGUUUUCGAAUGUCCGAUCUGGAAACACCUAUGAAUCUAGGUUAUUUAGAUCAAUUGAAAGCAUUCGAUAAAGCGGAACAAAUUCAAGAAAUCUCAGGUCAAGCUACUUCUGAAUCAGGUUUAGAAAUGUUACUUAAAAAAGUUGAAGAAUCAUGGAAAUCAGCUGAAUUCAUUGUUCUGCCAUAUAAAGAUAGUAAAGAUGUUUUCAUUGUUGGUGGAACUGAUGAAAUACAACAAUUAUGGGAUGAUUCCAAUAUUAAUAUCUCUACAAUUGCUUCAUCACGUCAUGUUGGACCAAUCAAAAGUCGCGUUGAUGAAUGGCAAACUUUGUUAGAAUUAUUUGGAAGAACUUUGGAUGAAUGGAUGCAAUGUCAAAGAAGUUGGCUUUACUUAGAAAGUAUAUUUUCUGCACCAGAUAUACAACGUCAAUUACCUAGUGAAGCGAAAAGUUUCAUGGCUGUAGAUAAAUCAUACAAAGAUGUAAUGCGUAAAGUGCAAAAAGUCCCAUUAGCUAUGCGUGCCGCUACACAACCUGGUUUAUUUGAUAUAUUUCGUAAUAAUAAUCAAUUAUUGGAUCAAAUACAAAAAUGUCUUGAAGCUUAUUUAGAAUCGAAACGUUCAGUGUUUCCACGUUUCUAUUUCUUAUCGAAUGAUGAAUUAUUAGAGAUUUUAGCACAAACACGUAAUCCAUUAGCUGUACAACCACAUUUGAAAAAAUGUUUUGAUGCAAUUGACAAAUUGGAAUUCGGUUUAGCACCGAAUUCAAUUAAUAAAGAUGCACCUGUGUAUACAAAUGAUAUACUGGCAAUGAUUUCACCUGAAGGCGAACGUGUAUUACUUGGCAAGGGUUUGAAGGCUAGAGGUAAUGUUGAAGAAUGGUUAGGUAAAGUAGAAGAAGCAAUGUUUACAAAUCUUCGUAAAUUAAUGAAAAUUGCCAUCAAUGAUUUUGAACGAUUACAUCGUGAAGAAUGGCUGAAAGCGCAUGCAAAUCAAAUUAUCCUAACAGUGGAACAAUUAAUGUGGUCACGUGAUAUUACAUUGAUUUUGGAAGAUCCUUUUCCAGAAGAUCGUUUUAACGGUUUAAAAGAAUAUGAAGAGAAAUGUUUUACUAAACUUAAUCAACUUGCUAUUCUAGUGCGUAGUGAUUUACCAAAAUUAUUUCGUUCAGUUUUAUGUGCUUUAAUUACAAUCGAUGUACAUGCACGGGAUAUAAUGACUGAAUUAGUCAAUAGUAAAGUGGAUUCAUUGGAUAAUUUCGAUUGGCAACGUCAACUACGUUAUUAUUGGGAUUUAGAUUUAGAUACAUGUGUAGUAAAAAUGGCUAGUGCAUGUUAUAUUUAUGGUUAUGAAUAUUUGGGUGCAUCACCUCGUUUAGUAAUUACUCCAUUAACUGAUAGAUGUUAUCUUUGUUUAAUGGGUGCAUUACAAUUAGAUUUAGGCGGUGCACCAGCUGGUCCAGCUGGUACAGGUAAAACGGAGACAACUAAAGAUUUAGCUAAAUCUGUUGCAAAACAAUGCGUUGUUUUCAAUUGUUCCGAUGGUUUAGAUUACAAAAUGAUGGGUCGUUUCUUUUCUGGUUUAGCUCAAUCUGGUGCUUGGUGUUGUUUCGAUGAAUUUAAUCGUAUUGAUAUUGAAGUGUUGUCAGUUAUUGCUCAACAAUUGAUUGUAAUUAGAAAUGCUAAAGCUGCACGAGUUGCAAGAUUCAUGUUUGAAGGACGUGAAAUAAAAUUGGUGCCAACAUGUGCUGCUUUUGUGACAAUGAAUCCUGGUUACGCUGGACGUACAGAAUUGCCUGAUAAUUUAAAAGCAUUAUUCCGUCCAAUUUCAAUGAUGGUGCCUGAUUAUCGUUUGAUAGCUGAAGUUAUACUUUAUUCUGAAGGAUUUGAAUCAUCAAAAACGUUAGCAUUAAAAAUGACACAAAUGUAUAAAUUAUGCAGUGAACAAUUAUCCCAACAAGAUCAUUAUGAUUUUGGUAUGAGAGCAUUGAAAUCAGUGUUAGUUAUGGCUGGUUCAUUAAAACGUGAAAAUCCUGAUAAACCAGAAGAUGUUGUCUUAAUUCGUGCAUUACGAGAUAGUAAUUUGCCGAAAUUUCUUAAACAAGAUGCUGUUCUAUUCACUGCAAUUUUAAAAGAUCUUUUCCCUGGUGUUCACUUACCAGAACAUGAUUAUGGAUUAUUUCUUGUGGAGAUUGAAACAGUUCUACAAGAUAUGAAUUUACAAAUUGUUCCUGGGCAAGUAUUAAAAGUAAUACAAUUUUAUGAAACAUUACUGGUACGUCAUGGAGUUAUGUUAGUUGGACCAACUGGGGGUGGAAAAACUACAGUCUAUCGUGUUCUAGCUAAAGUUUUGAGUAAUUUACAUGCAGCCGAAUUAAUUGAUAGUAAACCGGAAUAUCAACCAGUUAAAAUGUAUGUUUUAAAUCCGAAAUCAAUCACUAUGGGUGAAUUAUAUGGAGAAGUAAAUAAAUUAACACUUGAAUGGCAUGAUGGAUUAUUAGCUUCGAUUGUUAGACAAACCUGUUCGGAUCCUUCAUCAAAAGAUCAUCAAUGGGUUAUAUGUGAUGGUCCAGUUGAUGCAUUAUGGAUUGAAAAUAUGAACACUGUGUUAGAUGAUAAUAAAAUGUUAUGUUUAGCUAAUUCUGAACGAAUUAAAUUAACUAACUAUGUGCAUAUGUUAUUUGAAGUACAAGAUUUAGCUGUUGCAUCACCAGCUACUGUAAGUCGUUGUGGUAUGGUCUAUGUGGAUCCUGAAGAUUUAGGCUGGUUACCAUUUGUUAAAACAUGGAUUAAAACAAUUGAAGAGAAAUUAACGCCUUAUGCUCUGGAAUAUAUUAUGAAUCUAUUUAUUAAAUAUGUUGAUCCUUUUUUGAAUUUUGUAAUGACCAAAUGUACAACAAUCAUUUCACAAGUACCGAUUGCUCGAGUACAAACAAUGUGUAAAUUAUUAGAAGUUCUACUUACUCAUUCAGGUUGUCCAUCAAUGCAUCAAGAUAAGAAUAAAUUAAAUCCAUUAUUAGCUAUGUCAUUUGUAUUCUCAUUGUUAUGGGGAUUAGCCGGAAGUGUGAUCAAUACCAAUUGGGAUACAUGUGAUGCAUUUAUACGUAAUUUAUUUGAUGAUUUAGGUGAUGCACGGCUUCCUCAACAUUCCGAUCUAUGGUCGUGUUUUGUGGAUAUGGACACACGUCGUAUGGAUAAUUGGGAUAAAAUGUUGAAUACAUUUAUUUACAAUAAACAAAUACCAUUUUUUGAUAUGAUUGUACCUACUGUAGAUACAAUCAGAUAUGGGUAUAUGCUAGAAAAACUAUUAGCUGCAAAACAAAGUGUACUUUUUACCGGUUUAACUGGAGUUGGCAAGUCAGUUGUAGUCCGUGGAACAUUGAACAAUAUAUCUGAGUCAAACAAUUAUGUACCGGCUUAUUUAAAUUUCUCCGCUCAAACAAGCAGUAAUCGUACACAAGAAAUAAUUGAAAGUAAAUUAGAAAAAAAGAAGAAAUAUGUUCUUGGCGCACCAAAAGAUAAACGUGUCAUCCUAUUUGUGGACGAUUUAAAUAUGCCAAAACAAGAUACUUAUGGAAGUCAACCACCAAUUGAAUUAUUACGACAAUAUCAAGAUUUUCAUGGAUUCUAUGAUAGAGAUAAAUUAGUAUGGAUUAAAAUUAAAGAUAUGACAUUAUGCGCAGCUUGUGGUCCUCCAGGUGGAGGCAGAAAUCCAGUGACUCCAAGAUUGAUACGACAUUUUGCAGUGUUCGCUAUACCUCCACCAUCAGAAAUGAAUUUGAAGCAAAUAUUUUCUUCAAUUAUAAAUGGUUAUCUACUUGAAUUUCCUCAAGGUGUUCGUAGUGCUGGCGAUCCCAUUGUUAAUGCUGCAGUUGAAAUAUAUACUAGAAUGGCUGAAGAACUAUUGCCUACCCCAGCUAAAUCUCACUACGUAUUCAAUUUAAGAGAUUUAUCGAAAUGUAUUCAAGGUGUUUUACAAGGCGAUGUAAAUGUGAUACGAAAUAAACAAUCAAUUAGUCGAUUAUUUUAUCAUGAAGCUCAACGAGUAUUCCAUGAUCGGCUAAUUAAUCAAGAAGAUAAAAUGUUUUUCAAUCAAAUUCUAUCAGAAAUGGCACAAAAAUAUUUUGGUGAAUCUAUAGAACCAGAAACGUUCACAGAGCAUCCAAUAUUAUUUGGUGAUUUUCUAAGACCUGGUAUUCCACGUACAGAACGAUUAUAUGAAGAAAUUAAUAAUAUGGACAAACUGAAAUCAUUGUUAUUGGAUUAUUUGGAUGAUUAUAAUAUGUCCAUGUCAAAAGAUGUGAAACUUGUCUUCUUUGUCGACGCGAUUGAACAUGUUUGUCGUAUUGCACGAAUGAUUAGACAAGAUCGAGGCAAUGCUUUAUUAGUCGGUGUUGGCGGGACUGGUAAACAAUCAUUAACUAGGUUGGCCGCUCAUAUUAAUGAUUAUAAAUGCUUUCAAAUUGAAUUAUGUCGUGGUUAUAACUAUGCAUCAUUUCAUGAUGAUUUAAAAACUUUGUAUUAUUCCGCUGGAAUAGAAAAUAAACCAACAGUAUUUUUAUUUACAGAUAAUCAAAUAGUUGUUGAAGAAUUUCUUGAAGAUAUUAAUAACAUGUUAAAUUCUGGUGAAGUACCAAGUUUAUUUGAAGCUGAUGAAUAUGAACGUUUAAUUAUUGGUUGUCGGACAGCAGCUAAAGAGAAUGGCAUUGCUGAAGGAAAUCGUGAUGCAAUUUAUGAAUUUUGUAUUAAUCGUGUACGUAAUAAUUUACACAUUGUUCUAUGCAUGUCACCAGUUGGUUCAAAUUUUCGUGUACGAUGUAGAAUGUUUCCAUCAUUGGUGAAUUGUUGUACUAUUGAUUGGUUUGUUGAAUGGCCAGAAGAAGCAUUGUAUAAUGUUGCAAAGUUUACUUUUGCACAAGCUGAUUUUGGUUCAGAUGAACUUAAAGAAUCCAUAUCAAAAUUAUCUACAGAUAUUCAUUUAAGUGUUUCAAAAACAGCGGAACGUUUCUAUAAUGAAUUAAAACGUCAUUAUUAUACUACACCGACAAGUUAUUUAGAAUUGCUUGGAUUAUAUAUGACAAUGUUGAAUAAACAAAUAAAAGAAUUGACUGAUGGACGAGAUAAAUUUCGUAAUGGUUUAAAUAAAAUUUUAGAAACUAAUGAUUUAAUUGCUAAAAUGGAAAGUGAACUAACUGCAAUGCGUCCAACACUGGAAGCGAAACAACGUGAUACGGAAAAAUUGAUGAUCAAAUUAAGUGAAGAUCAAGAACAGGCUGAUAUUGUUCGUAGUCGAGUGAAAGAGGAUGAAGUAGUGGCUAAACAAAAAGCUGAUGAAAAUCAAAUUAUAGCCGAUGAUGCACAACGUGAUUUAGACGCAGCAUUACCAGCAUUGGAAGCAGCUAAUAAAGCACUUGAUUCAUUAGAUAAAAAUGACAUUGCUGAAAUACGUGUAUUCACUAAACCACCACAAUUAGUACAAACUGUUAUGGAAGCUGUAUGCAUUAUGCUUGGACAAAAAGGUGACUGGGCAACAGCUAAGACUGUUUUGAAUGAUUCCAAUUUUUUAAGAAAAUUAGUUGAAUAUCCAAAAGACGAUAUCACUGAUGCACAAUUAAGAAAAUUAAAAAAAUUCAUUGAUAAUCCGGAAUUUAUGCCAGAAAUUGUUGAGAAAACCAGUAAAGCAUGUAAAUCAAUGUGUAUGUGGGUUAGAGCAUUAGAUUUAUACGCGCAUAUAUUUCGUACUGUGGAACCAAAAAGAAAACGUUUGGAAGCAGCUAAUGCAGAUUUAAAUGUUGUCAUGCUUAAACUUCAACAAAAACAAGCUGAAUUAGCUAGUGUUGAACAAAAAAUUGCUUCAUUACAACAAGAAUAUGAUCAGUCAGUUAGUGAGAAAAAGAAACUUGAACAUCGUCUUGCAUUAACCUCAGCUAGAUUAAAACGUGCUGGUAAACUGACAGCUGCUCUAGCUGAUGAACAAGAUCGUUGGAAGUUAUCUAUUGAAAAGUAUAAUAUUCAGCUGAACAAUGUAAUAGGUGAUGUUUUUGUAGCAUCUGCUUGUGUAGCUUAUUAUGGAGCGUUUACAGCGAAUUAUCGUGAAAAUUUAAUUAAUGAAUGGGUGAAACGUUGUCGUGAUUUAAACAUACCAGUUAGUGAAGAAUUAACUUUAUUCAAUGUUCUCGGCGACGCGUAUGAAGUAAGACAAUGGAAUACACAAGGUUUACCACGUGAUCAAGUCAGUACAGAUAAUGCAAUCUUAGUGACACGAUCCAGGCGAUGGCCAUUGAUGAUUGAUCCACAAGAACAAGCCAAUCGUUGGAUACGUACAAUGGAAUCACAGAAUAAUUUGAAAAUUGUCAAAUUAACUGAUGCCAAUUUAUUAAGAGUAUUAGAAAAUUGUAUACGUGUCGGAUUUCCAUUAUUAUUGGAAGAUGUUGGUGAAACAUUAGAUCCGGCAUUAGAACCGAUAUUAUUAAAACAAAUUGUCAUGUCCGGUGGUCGUUUAUCAAUUCGAUUAGGUGAUUCUGAUGUAGAAUAUGAUAAGAAUUUUCGAUUUUAUUUAACUAGUAAAUUAGCUAAUCCACAUUAUCUGCCGGAAAUAUCGAUUAAAGUGACAAUUAUUAAUUUCACUGUAACACCGAAUGGUUUAGAAGACCAGUUGCUCGGCGAUGUCACUGGAAUUGAACGACCAGAAUUAGAAGAACAACGUAGUCAGCUGAUUGUGAAAAUUAAUACAGAUAAAAAUCAAUUAAAAGAAACAGAAAAUAAAAUAUUGAAAUUGUUAUUUGAAUCAGAAGGUAAUAUAUUAGAUAAUGAAGAUUUGAUUAAUACAUUGAACGAGUCUAAGAUUAAAUCAAAUGAAGUAACUAAACGUUUAACAGAAGCAACAUUAACUGAACAAAAAAUUACACAAGCACGUUCCAAAUAUUUACCGAUUGCAUCACGUGGUUCUGUCAUGUAUUUUGUCAUCACUACUAUGGCUGAAAUUGAUCCAAUGUAUCAAUUUUCAUUGAAAUAUUUCAAAAAUUUAUUCAAUACAACUAUACAAAAUAGUCCUAAAGCAUCUACAUUGGAAGAACGUAUUCAAAUUCUACUUGAUUCAACAACAAAAGCCACUUAUAAUAAUGUAGCUCGUGGAUUAUUUGAACGUGAUAAAUUAGUAUUUUCAUUUAUGCUCUGUGUACAAAUCUUGAAACAAAUGAACCAGAUUACGCCAUAUGAAUGGACAUAUUUCCUAUUAGGUGCACCGGAAGAAAUGACUGAACAGAAACGACCAGUUCAACCGAAAGAUACCAUGAAUUGGUUGAAUUCAAGACAAUGGAGACGAAUAGUCGACUUAGCACAUUAUUUCCCAGAUCAAUUUAGAACAUUACCUGAAGAUAUACGCAAAAAUUCCAUAAUGAUUAAUUUCAGUCAAUCAGUUAUAGAGUUUAACGAGGAACAAACUAAUCUUGAAGAAUUAGAUUUGUACAUAUUGAAUCCGAAAAAUUAUAGACAUUUACCAUUAGCUGAUUUUAAUGAAAAAUUAACUUCAUUUCAAAAAUUAUUAUUAAUUUCAACUAUAUAUGAAGAAAAACUAAUUAAAGCUGUCACAGAUUUUGUUCGUAUUAGUCUUGGUCCGGAAUUUAUUGAAACACCACCUUGUGGACUGUCAAUUUUAUACAAAGAAAUGGAUCGUUCCACACCGUUAGUAUUUAUUCUAUCAACUGGUUCAGAUCCAAUGAAUCAAUUUCAAAAAUUCGCUAAAGAAUUCGGUUAUCUAGAACGAGUCCAUGCAGUUUCGCUAGGUCAAGGUCAAGGACCAACAGCUGAGAAAUUAAUCGAUGAAGCAUGUAAAACAGGCGAUUGGGUAUUUUUACAGAAUUGUCAUUUAGCUGCUUCAUGGAUGAUUAGAUUAGAAGAAUUAGUGAAACAACGUGCUGAAAAUCCGAAAUCUACUCAUGUAGAAUUUCGUCUAUAUCUAAGUUCAAUGCCAGCAAAAUCAUUUCCAAUCUCUGUAUUACAAAAUUCAGUAAAAGUAACUAAUGAACCACCGAAAGGAUUAAGAGCAAAUCUUAGUCGAGCACUUAAUGAUAUAUCAGCCGACUUAUUUAACACACAUGUUUUAGGAAGUGAUUGGCGUAAAUUAGUUUUCGGUAUAUGUUUCUUUCAUUCAGUUGUAUUGGAAAGAAAAAAAUUCGGACCAUGUGGUUGGAAUAUAAGUUACGAUUUCAAUGAUUCCGAUCGAGAAUGUGCUUUAUUGAAUUUAGAAAUGCUUUGUCAUGAAUCUUACAUACCAUGGGAUGCUUUAACUUAUAUUACAGCUGAAAUCACAUAUGGUGGACGUGUCACUGAUUUUUGGGAUCAAAGAUGUUUACGUACAAUACUUCAACGUUUCUUUCAUCCGUCCACAUUGAAAUCGGAUUAUGUGUAUUCAUCGUCUGGCAUUUAUUAUCCACCAGUUAAAGAAACUUUAACAGAGUAUUUAGAAUAUGUAUCUAGUCUUCCAUUUAGUUCAAAACCUGAAUUGUUUGGAAUGCAUGAAAAUGCUAAUUUAGUCUAUCAGCUUCAAGAAACAAGUAAUCUCAUAUCGGUCAUUCUCAGUGUUCAACCACGUGCAAGUACAUCAAGUACCGGGAAAACAAAUGACGAAUUAAUUUAUGAACAAGCUGAUUCAAUACUAGAAAAAUUACCAGAAAAAAUCAAUAUUGAAGAUGCACGUCCAGAAUUAUUGGAAACUGAUCAUGAAGGCCGUGUAGAUUCAUUGACUACUGUACUUACUCAAGAAAUUGAUCGAUUUAAUAAAUUAUUGAAAAUUAUCAAGAAUUCUUUGAAACAAUUGAAAAAAGCAAUUAAAGGUUUUGUUGUUAUGUCAGAAGAUUUAGAAGGUGUAUACACGGCAUUUUUACAAAACUCUGUACCAGGAAUUUGGUCAUCUAAAUCAUAUCCAAGUUUAAAACCAUUAGGCAGUUGGGUAAAAGAUCUAAUAUUACGUUGCGAUUUUAUUCAUACAUGGAUGAUAAGAGGGAAACCACUUUCAUUUUGGAUAUCGGGAUUCUUUUUUCCUCAGGGUUUUCUAACUGGAGUUUUACAAAAUUAUGCACGUAAAUAUGAUUAUCCAAUUGAUCAUUUAACAUUUAAUUUCAAUAUUCUACCACAUUAUCGUAAUCAAGAGGAAAUUUCAGCUGCUAUGUCAAAACUUCGUCUAGGUGAAAUGUUGAAAGUGGACAAAAUGAUAAGUAAACCAGAAGAUGGUGUACUUAUACAUGGAUUAUUUAUGGAUGGUUUCAGAUGGGAUGAUAAAACAAUGCAAGUGACUGAUUCAAUAUUAGGCGAAACAUUAUCCAUUAUGCCGAUAAUCCAUAUGAAACCAGAAAUGGAUUAUGAACCUGAUCCAAAUGAUUACAUUGCUCCACUAUAUAAAACUGCAGCCAGAGCCGGUGUACUAUCAACAACCGGUAUGUCGACAAAUUUCAUAGUUGCUGUCCCACUGAAAACAAAUAAACCUCAAGCAUAUUGGAUCGAGAUGGGUUCAUGUUUAUUAUGUGAAUGUGCAAAGCCUUGAGUAAAACAAAAUCUUUGAUAGACAGACUGUUAAGAUAGAAAAAUGACUUCUUUACUCUUUUUGUAUUUCGUCUUACAGAAUACAAUAAAUUACGUUAUUCAUUAAA